UGUGUCGUCGCUAUCAUCCGUGCCGUGACCGUGACGUCUAUCCGAGAAGGAUUUAUGGUCGGAAAGUUGGUCCAGGCUCUCCUGUGGUGCGUGAUGCUAGCCCGUUGGACGACUCUUACUGGUGACAUGCCAAUCGCUUCUCGCUUCUCGAUGGGCUUAAAAGCCGCCCUCUGUUGCUCGAUUACGACUGGCAUAGUAGCUGUGGAGGACUGGCUCACACGGGGUAUGGCAGGAAAGAGGGAGAACCCGUUUCUGGUAUGGAUGGAGUAUGGAUUUGGCGCUGUCAUCAUUUUGAUCGCCUUGUCAUACCCGCGGAACCCCGCUACGUUUCAUAUGGGAAGGCCGGUCGAUGGGGAGAACAAUUCCUCGAUUCUGGGGCUCUUGACUUUCAAAUGGUCAAGUCCGUUGAUUACACUGGCUGGGAGAAGAAGGGAAUUGAACCUGAGCGAUCUUCCCCUGCUAAAGGGUGACAUGCGGACGCAUAGCCUGCAGGAUGAAUUUCUCAUAACUCAGGGUAGAUUGGCCGCGGGAAAAAACAGCUGCUCGCUUUUCGAACACACCCUCUUCUCACUCUACUCCGGGAGGCUUUUUUGUCAGCUAGCGCUGUCGGUGCCCCUAGCAUGCCUGGCGUUUACACCACAGUUUGCGCUCUACAGGAUGCUGCGACUGCUCGAGGCCCAUUCUUUGGGAGAUGCCGAUCGCGUAAGCCUCACGCAGUGGUCUCUAGUACUGGGCCUGGCCAUUGGGGCAUCUCUAUGGCUGGAAAAUUGGCUCAUAUGGAUUGCGCUCAACAAGGUCUCUGUCCCAAUGACUGGACAACUAUCGGCUCUACUUUACAGGAAGGCUGUGCGUUGUGACUCCCGCCGCCCGGAUGCAAAACCGAAUGGCGCGCAAUCUGAAGGAAACAAUGUAAUGAAUCUGAUAGCUAUCGAUGUGCCGCGCAUUGCCACCGUUGCGUGCUUCCUAUACUCGAACUUCCUGCAGGCCAUGAAGCUGGCAGUGGCCUGUACAUUGCUUGCUCAGCUUCUUGGGUGGCAAAGCCUCCUAACAGGGCUGUCCUGUCUAGGACUCUUUUAUCCGCUUCAGACCCGUUGCCUUAGUCGGUGCAGUGCAGCUGAGCAGCAGUUGGCAUCGGUUCGGGAUAGAAAAAUGGCGGCCUUGACAGAAGUCAUCAAUGGAAUCCGACAGGUUAAGUUCGCAGGGCUUGAAAGCAAGUGGGAGGAGAGAUUGAAUGGUAUCCGGGACUGUGAGCUUCGGGCUCAGCACAUGGCAUUUUUGUGGCACGUCAUGAACCUCACAGUUCAUCUGCUUGGACCUGUUGUGGUGUCUGCAGUCUCUCUCACAGCCCACAAUUGGAUAUACGGACCUCUCGCACCAUCUGUGGCCUUCCCAGCCUUGUCGACUAUCGGGUAUCUGCAAUUCAUCCUAGGGCUCAUUCCCGAAUUGCUUUCUGGUGUGAUGGCUGCAAGAAUUAGCAUCCGACGUGUGAAAGGCUUCCUGGGGACGCCGGAGCUGUUGGGAGUCCCAACCCCAUCCCACUGUAUCGAAUUUGAACAUGCGACUCUUUCCUACCACAAACACCAUUCCUCCGAGGGAGGUGUUUUGCGAGAUGUGAGCGUAAUCUUCCCACCACAGGAAUUAACCGUGGUUUCGGGUCGCACAGGGUCAGGUAAAAGUCUCUUAUUGACUGCCAUUGUGGGUGAAUCGGUGAUCCUCUCCGGUGUCUUACGACGGCCUCUGCCUCCACCGUAUGAGGAUAUUCACAGCCCAGCUACGAUUGGAAUGAAUUGGAUACUCGACAAUGCAGUGGCGUAUGUGGCACAGACUCCGUGGAUCGAAGCUGGAACUAUUCGAGACAACAUUUGUUUUGGGCUACCAUUGAAUCCGGUCAGAUAUUCGAAGGUAAUGGCCGCCUGUGCGCUCACAAAGGACCUGGAGCUUUUUGAACAUAAUGACCUCACUUACCUCGGGCCGAAUGGUGUUAACCUCAGCGGAGGCCAAAAAGUGCGUGUCGGCCUUGCCCGAGCUUUAUACUCCCGCGCAGGCAUCCUGAUUUUGGAUGACAUCUUUAAUGCUGUCGAUGUACACACGGCACACCAUCUUCUUGCACAUGCUCUUGCAGGAGAGCUUUCUCGAGGACGGACGAGAGUGCUAGCCACUCAUCAUGUGGACCUUUGUUUGCCGAAGGCUUCUUUCCACGUUCAAAUUGCCGAUGGAAUAGUCCGGUCUAUGCGGAAAACGAUAGAUUCACAACACCAGAGCCCACGGAUCAGCAUGAACCCCAGCGAUACUAACUAUCGCAGUACGUGCUCCAACCUUCCGAUUCAAGAGCAUGACAGACAUGAUGGAACUACAAGAGAAGCCCCCUCUACGAAACAUGAAGCCAGGGGUCACGGCUCAACAGCCUGGUUGCUGUUUCGGCAAUAUAUGAAAGCGAGUGGUGGAUGGCUACCAUGGGCUACCCUGAUUGGGUGCUACGUCGUCUACCAAGGCUUGUUGAUGGUCCAGUAUCGAUGGGUGGGCUCAUGGAGCGCGGAAAGCAGCAUCACCAGCUCAGAGCACGGUGGAGUAGCAUGCUUUAUGAGUAUGUAUGCCGGGAUAGCAGGAGUUGCAUGCCUUGCUGGGUCUUUACGGGCCUAUGUUACCCUUUACACAUCCCUCAACGCGGCGACGCAGCUCUUCCGUCUGAUGCUCUCCGCCAUCCUCCGUGCGCCCUUGCAGUGGCUGGACAAGAUACCACCAGGGUGGAUUUUGAACCGACUCACCGCGGACUUCUAUAUGCUGGACUCGCGAAUCGGAUUCGACAUAAUAGCUGUACUGAACGCGGCCAUGGAUUGUGUCGGGGUCAUCAUGGGCGGGGUGUUGGUUCGCCCCAUUCUCAUCGUAUUCGCCGUAGCCUUGGCCGUUGGGUCAUUCUGGUACACCAGUCGAUAUCUGGCCGCGGCUCGAGAUGUCAAGCGUCUCGAGAGUAUCACCCGAAGUCCAGUCUACGAACAGAUUGCUUCCUCUCUUCAGGGCAUCGUGACGAUACGUGCAUUUGGCCAGGAGGAACGGUACAUCAAACGAGUCCAGGCUAAGCUUGAUCAUCAGGCCCAGGCAUCCUGGCAUCUCUACCUGUUCAACCGCUGGUUCACACUCCGCAUCAAUGUCCUGGGUGCUACCUUCUCCACCGUGACUGCCCUCGCCACCAUCGCGCGAAAGGAUAUCACAGGGCUGAUGGUUGGAUUCGCCCUGGCCUUCACCAAUCACUUGAGCUUCGCUCUCGUUACACUGAGCCGUGCAUACUCGACCCUCGAAAUGGACAUGGACGGGGUGGAACGGAUCCUAGAGUACUGCAAAAUCGAAAAAGAAUCCAGCGCAGGCUCAGAGGUACCAGCCGAAUGGCCCGAAAGGGGUGGUCUUUCAGUUGUCAACCUGACCGUGUCGUAUGAUCCAGACACAGCCUCAGUCCUCCGCAACGUCAGCUUCUCAGUUGAGCCUGGCCAACGAAUCGGCAUCGUCGGACGAACCGGUGCGGGAAAAUCGACCCUUGCAUUAGCUCUGUUCCGAUUCUUGGAGGCGCGCGACGGGAGCAUCUCGAUCGACGGCGUCAACAUUUCCACGAUCAAGCUGAAGCACCUCCGGAGACGACUGGCCAUGAUCCCGCAAAACCCCGUCCUAUUCACUGGCACCAUCCGUUCUAAUCUCGAUCCGUUCGAUGCAUAUGACGAUGAUACUAUCCUACGGGCCUUGAAAAAUGUCCAGUGGCCUGCGAAAGGGUUGGAUUCUCAAGGGAUUCUGGCUAGUGUGAUUACAGAGGGGGGCUCGAACUUAUCCCACGGCCAGAGGCAACUGCUAUGUCUGGUGCGGGCGAUUCUGUCGCGUCCGGCAAUCCUUGUCUUGGACGAGGCCACAUCGGCCGUGGACCGUGCCACCGAUGCGCUCAUCCAGCAGUCCAUUCGAACUGGAUUUGGUCGGGAGCGUCCGACCCUGCUCGUCAUCGCUCAUCGCAUUCAGACCAUCGCGGACUUUGACAAAGUACUGGUGAUGGAUGCAGGCCAGGUAGUUGAGUUUGGUUCACCGCGAGAUCUCCUCCGAAGACAAGAUGGGGCUUUCCGGCGACUGGUAGGCAAUGAUGCUGAGAGGGAUGGGCUUCAGAGGGUCAUAAACGCCGCGGGGUGAUCCUGGACUGGUGAGAGUUCUGACGGGAGUUACACUUGACUUGCGGUCAUGCAUGAUUCCCCAGAGAGAGGAUUAGCU